CCAGGGGGCGUCAACAUGGCGUGGAAGCCUCGACGUCGAGCGCACUGACUGCAGCCCGCACAGCCGCCAGAGAGACACUCGGCGACGGGGGGAGAGAGCGAGAGAGAGCAGCCACCGAAGCCCUCCGCGCGACACCCGAGCGAGGAACGUUGUUCGGCCCCCGCUCCCGCGGAUGUGUUUGUCGCCGCCAGGGCUCAGCUUGUAGGGGCAGGUAGACACCACCCCCGGGCCGGGAGUGGAGGGGGUGUGGGGGAGGUCAUGUCGAGCGAGAAGCCGCUCUCACCACCGCCGGGCUCCACUUCCUCGCUGGCGGCCGCCGACUCACCGGAGAGGAUGGUGUCCUCCGCCGGCUCCAUGGUCCUCCCGGCCGGCGUCAUCAACCCCGCCGUGCCGAUCAGGAAUAUCCAGAUGAAAUUCGCCGUGCUGGUGGGCCUGAUCCAGGUCGGGGAAGUCAGCAACCGGGACAUCGUGGAGACGGUCCUCAACCUGCUGGUGGGCGGCGAGUUCGACCUGGAGAUGAACUUCAUCAUCCAGGAGGCGGAGAGCAUCGGCUGCAUGGUGGAGCUGCUGUCCCACUGCGAGGUGACCUGCCAGGCCGAGAUCUGGAGCAUGUUCACCGCCAUCUUGCGCAAGAGCGUGCGCAACCUGCAGACCAGCACGGAGGUGGGCCUCAUCCAGCAGGUGCUGCUCAAGAUGAGCGCCGUGGACGACAUGAUCGCGGACCUGCUGGUGGACAUGUUGGGAGUGAUGGCCAGUUACAGCAUCACAGUCAAAGAACUGAAGCUGCUCUUCAGCAUGCUGAGGGGCGACAACGGCAUCUGGCCCAGACACGCCAUCAAGCUGCUGUCGGUAUUGAACCAGAUGCCUCAGCGUCACGGCCCUGACACCUUCUUCAACUUCCCAGGACGCAGUGCGGCGGCCAUCGCCUUGCCGCCCAUCGCCAAGUGGCCGUACCAGAACGGCUUCACCAUCAACACCUGGUUCCGUCAGGAUCCUCUCAACAACAUCAACGUGGACAAAGACAAGCCGUACCUCUACUGUUUCCGCACCAGCAAAGGAAUCGGCUACUCGGCUCACUUCGUGGGGAACUGCCUGAUCGUGACCUCGCUCAAGUCCAAGGGGAAGGGCUUCCAGCACUGUGUCAAGUACGACUUCCAGCCCCGCAAGUGGUACAUGAUCAGCAUCGUCCACAUCUACAACCGCUGGAGGAAUUCGGAGAUCCGAUGCUACGUCAACGGUCAGCUGGUCUCCUACGGCGACAUGGCCUGGCACGUCAACACCAACGACAGCUAUGACAAGUGUUUCCUGGGAUCCUCCGAGACGGCGGACGCCAACAGGGUGUUCUGCGGUCAGCUGGGCGCCAUCUACGUCUUCAGCGAAGCUCUCAAUCCCGCUCAGAUCUUCGCCAUCCACCAGCUGGGGCCCGGGUACAAGAGCACGUUCAAGUUCAAGUCGGAGAGCGACAUCCACCUGGCCGAGCACCACAAGCAGGUGUUGUACGACGGCAAGCUGGCCAGCGCCAUCUCCUUCACGUACAACGCCAAGGCCACCGACGCGCAGCUGUGCCUGGAGUCCUCGCCGCGGGAGAACGCCUCCAUCUUUGUCCACUCGCCGCACGCCCUCAUGCUGCAGGACGUGAAGGCCAUCGUCACCCACUCCAUCCACAGCGCCAUCCACUCCAUCGGCGGCAUCCAGGUGCUCUUCCCGCUCUUCGCCCAGCUGGACUACAAGCAGCAGAACGACAGCCAAGUGGACACCAGCGUGUGCGCCACGCUGCUGGCCUUCCUGGUGGAGCUGCUGAAGAGCUCGGUGGCCAUGCAGGAGCAGAUGUUGGGCGGCAAGGGCUUCCUGGUCAUCGGCUACCUGCUGGAGAAGUCCUCGCGGGUCCACAUCACGCGGGCCGUCCUGGAGCAGUUCUUGUCCUUCGCCAAGUACCUGGACGGUCUGCCUCACGGGGCGCCGCUCCUCAAACAGCUGUGUGACCACGUCCUCUUCAACGCCGCCAUCUGGAUACACACGCCUGCCAAGGUGCAGCUGUCUCUCUACACCUACCUGUCGUCAGAGUUCAUCGGCACGGCAACCAUCUACUCCACCAUCAGGCGGGUGGGCACGGUGCUGCAGCUCAUGCACACACUCAAGUAUUACUACUGGGCCGUCUGCCCUCUCGAUGCCAGCGCCAUCGCACCCAAGGGUCUCGAUGGACCCCGCCCGUCCCAAAAGGAGAUCAUCUCUUUGCGAGCCUUCAUGCUGCUCUUCCUCAAGCAGCUCAUACUCAAGGAUCGCGGGGUGAAGGAGGACGAGCUGCAGAGUGUACUCAACUACCUGCUCACCAUGCACGAGGACGAGAACAUCCACGACGUUCUGCAGCUGCUGGUGGCGCUCAUGUCUGAGCACCCGGCCUCCAUGAUCCCCGCCUUCGACCAGAGGAACGGCAUCAGGGUGAUCUGCAAGCUGCUGGCCUCCAAGAGCGAGAGUAUUCGAGUCCAGGCCCUCAAAGUACUUGGAUACUUCCUCAAGCACCUGGGACACAAGAGGAAGGUGGAGAUCAUGCACACCCACAGUCUGUUCACGCUGCUGGGGGAGCGGCUGAUGAUGCACACCAACAACGUCUCCAUCACCACCUACAACACUCUCUACGAGAUCCUGACGGAGCAGGUGUGCACCCAGGUGGUCCACAAGCCACACCCAGAGCCCGACUCCACCAUCAAGAUUCAAAAUCCCAUGAUCCUGAAGGUGGUGGCCACGCUGCUGAAGAACUCCUCGCCCGGCGCGGAGCUGAUGGAAGUGCGGCGACUCUUCCUCUCCGACAUGAUCAAGCUCUUCAGCAACAGCCGGGAGAACCGGCGGUGCCUGCUGCAGUGCUCGGUGUGGCAGGACUGGAUGUUCUCGCUGGGCUACAUCAACCCCAAGAACCCGGAGGAGCAGAAGAUCACGGAGAUGGUCUACAACAUCUUCCGGAUCCUGCUCUACCACGCCAUCAAGUACGAGUGGGGGGGCUGGCGGGUCUGGGUGGACACGCUGUCCAUCGCCCACUCCAAGGUGACCUACGAGGCCCACAAGGAGUACCUGGCCAAGAUGUACGAGGAGUACCAGCGGCAGGAGGAGGAGAACAUGAAGAAGGGCAAGAAGGGGUCCGUGUCCACCAUCUCCGGCCUGUCCGCCUCCCCCGCCCCCGUCGUCAACGGCAACCUGGAGAUGGACGACAUAUCGCAGACGCCCGAGAGCGAGGCGGAGUACGGCGAGGCCGGCGACUCACGCAACCUGCUGGCCGAGGGCGGCGUCAAGCGGUCCGACGCCCUGGCCCCGGUGGAGCCCGGUGGCCCCGGCGUGAGGGUGGAGGUCCACGACCUGCUGGUGGACAUCAAGGCGGAGAAGGUGGAGGCCACCGAGGUCAAGCUGGACGACCUGGACUUGUCCCCCGAGGGCCUGGGCGGGGCCGGCGGCGCAGGGCAGGGCUUGGAGAACGGGCCCCUGGUGGAGGUGGACUCGCUCCUGGACAGCGCCUACUGCGCCGCCGCCGUCGUCCAGAACCUCAACGGCGGCCUGGUGCCCAAGGAGGACGCCGGACUGGGGUCCGGGUUGGGCCUGGCGGACCAGGGCAACAUGGGGCCCCUCAUCACGCUGGCCGACGAGAAGGACAGCGUGCCCAGCAACAACGGCUUCCUCUUCAGCAAGGUUGACGAGAAGCUGCUUCCUGCCCUGGCUGCCAGCGACGCCCUGGUGCUGCCAAGUCCGGACCAGCCCGCCCCCCCCGGCGCCAGCGACGACCUCAGCCUGCUGGCGCACAUGACCAGCUGCGGCUCCGACUUGACCCGGGUCCACGGCGCCGUGGAGCUCCCCGAGGACGGACCCUUCAAGAUCCAGAGCCCGCUGGCGGACAUCAGCUCCAUCGCAGAGAGCCGGGCCCAGAACCGAGGAGCCGCCCAGCAGACGGACUUCCCCGAGGGACCGGCGGCGUCCGGCGCCGAGGGGGACAGCGGCGGGUCCAGGGCGGGCGGAGACGCGGCCAGCGUGACCUCGGACACGGAGAGGUCGGACGACGGCAAGGAAAAAGACGCCAAGAAGAUCCAGACCACCGCCACCACGCAGGCUCUGCACGGCCGCAGCGCCGCCCAGCUGGAGCGAGACCUGCGCGUGGAUCUGGGUUUCCGAGGCAUGCCCAUGACGGAGGAGCAGCGCAGGCAGUUCAGCCCGGGACCCCGGACCACCAUGUUCCGCAUCCCCGAGUUCAAGUGGUCCCCCAUGCACCAGAGACUGCUCACAGACCUCCUCUUUGCCCUGGAGACUGACGUGCACGUGUGGCGCAGUCACUCCACCAAGUCGGUGAUGGACUUUGUCAACAGCAACGAGAACAUCAUCUUCGUGCACAACACCAUCCACCUCAUCUCCCAGAUGGUGGACAACAUCAUCAUCGCCUGCGGGGGCAUCUUGCCCCUCCUCUCUGCGGCCACCUCGCCCUCUAGUUCUAAGAGUAGUGCCAGCAGUGGACCCCAGAGGGGGUCAAAGGGCGAGGAGGUGACCCCUGUGCCGGGGGGAGAGACGGAGCUGGAGAACAUCGAGGCGACGCAGGGCAUGUCCUCGGAGACGGCGGUCACCUUCCUGUCGCGCCUCAUGGCCAUGGUGGACGUGCUGGUCUUCGCCAGCUCGCUCAACUUCAGCGAGAUCGAGGCGGAGAAGAACAUGUCGUCCGGCGGCCUCAUGAGGCAGUGUCUGCGCCUGGUGUGCUGCGUGGCAGUGAGGAACUGUCUGGAGUGCAGGCAGCGGCAGCGAGAUCGUAACUGCAAGUCGUCUCUCAGCGGCAGCAAGUCUCAGGACAGCCUCCACAGCGCCUCGGCCACUAGCAAGCAGGACCCAGACAGACUCCUGCAGGACGUGGACAUCAACAGGCUCCGUGCAGUGGUUUUCAGAGACGUAGACGACAGCAAGCAGGCUCAGUUCCUGGCACUGGCCGUGGUCUACUUCAUCUCUGUGCUCAUGGUGUCCAAGUACCGGGACAUCCUGGAGCCCCAGCGGGAGAUCAGCCGGUCCACCAGCCUGUCGGGGCGCAGCAUUCGCCAGGAGAUCAACUCCCCGACCAGCACAGAACACGCGUCCUCAGGCUUCUCCGAGCGGGACAAGCAGACGCCCACCCCUGUGGACGACUCCCCUCGCGGAGGCCUCCCCCACACGGACUCGGGCAUCGGCGAGGAGGGCCACGUCACCGGGUCCCUGAACGGCUCCGAGAUGGGCCUGGGUCUGGGUCUGGGCCUGGGCCUGGUGGGGCGGGAGACGGACAGGGACCGGGACGGAGGGGCGGACCUGCUGUGCAGUUUGUCCGACGUCAGGAGGUCGCAGGAGAGCCUUCUGGACUCCCCCCACAACCCGGGCGGCCCCCACAACUCCGGCCAGGCUCCGCCUUCGUCCAUUUCUAGCAUCAGUCAGACCAACAAAGGCAUCAACGUCAAGGAGAUCUUGAAGAGCUUGGUCGCCGCCCCGGUGGACGGCGGAGACCCGGGACAGGAGUCCGGCCCCACGCCCUACCACCCGGAUCCUGCCCUGAAGACGCACCCCAUGCUGCCCAUGCAGUUCCACUCCUUCGACAGGAGUGUCGUGGUUCCCGUCAAAAAGCCGCCGCCCGGCAGCCUGUCCGUCAACACCGUGGCCACGCCCACCACCGGCGCCGCCUCCACGGCCGGCAGCACGCCGAACAUCUUCGCUGCGGCCACGGCGACGCCCAAGAGCAUGAUCAACACCACAGGUGCCGCCGACUCCGCCUCCUCCUCCUCGUCCUCGUCCUCGUCGUUUGUCAACGGCGCCACCAGCAAGAACCUGCCGGCCGUCCAGACGGUGGCACCCAUGCCUGAAGACACCGUGGAGAACAUGAGUGCCUAUUGUGAGGUGGCGCAGUGUGCGUUGCGCAGCGGUCAGACGCCCCCUGAGCUUAAGUCUUUUAGCUCCCUGGCAGGCUUCCAGGCAGCCCCCCGAGAUGCAGGACAGUGUUUUAGCAUCACCACCAAGCUGGAGCGCGCCCUGGAGAAGGUGGCCCCCCUGCUGAGGGAGAUCUUUGUGGACUUUGCCCCCUUCCUGUCCCGCACCCUGCUGGGGAGUCAUGGGCAGGAACUGCUCAUUGAAGGUCUGGUGUGCAUGAAGUCCAGCACGUCGGUGGUGGAGCUGGUCAUGCUGCUCUGCUCUCAGGAAUGGCAGAAUUCCAUCCAGAAAAAUGCUGGCUUGGCUUUCAUCGAGCUGAUCAACGAGGGAAGACUUCUGUGCCACGCCAUGAAGGAUCACAUCGUGCGUGUGGCCAACGAGGCUGAGUUCAUCCUCAACCGACAGCGAGCCGAAGACGUGCACAAACACGCCGAGUUCGAGUCCAACUGUGCACAGUACGCCGCCGACCGGCGCGAGGAGGAGAAGAUGUGCGACCACCUGAUCAGCGCCGCCAAGCACCGAGAUCACGUGACCGCCAACCAGCUGAAGCAGAAGAUCCUCAACAUCCUGACCAAUAAGCACGGAGCCUGGGGGACCAUGUCUCAGAGCCAAUUGCACGACUUCUGGCGUCUGGACUACUGGGAGGACGACUUGAGGAGGAGGCGGAGAUUCGUGAGAAACGCUUUUGGCUCCACCCACGCCGACGUGUCACUCAAAGCUAUUGAGGACUACGGCACCGAGGAAGAAGGGGAGGAGCCUAAGUCCAAAAAGAGCUUCCGCAGCCAAUCAGUGGUGGCGCAGAACCCGGAGGCGGAGUUGAUGCUGGAGGGCGACGAUGACACGGUCAGCCUUCUGCAGGAGAAAGAGAUUGACAACCUUGCAGGUCCCGUGGUGCUGAGCACGCCGGCCCAGCUGGUGGCGCCGGUGGUGGUGGCCCGCGGCACCCUGUCCAUCACCACCACCGAGAUAUACUUCGAGGUGGACGAAGAGGACCCCGCCUUCAAGAAAGCUGACGCUAAAGUGCUGGCCUACUCGGAGGGUCUGCACGGCAAGUGGAUGUUCAGCGAGAUCCGGGCGGUCUUCUCCAGGCGCUACCUGCUGCACAACACGGGCCUGGAGGUCUUCAUGGCCAACAGAACCUCCGUCAUGUUUAACUUCCCCGACCCGGCCACGGUGAAAAGGGUGGUCUACAGCCUCCCGCGGGUGGGGGUGGGAACCAGCUACGGUCUGCCGCAAGCCAGGCGCAUCUCCUUGGCCACGCCCCGCCAGCUCUUCAAGUCGUCCAACAUGACGCAGCGUUGGCAGCGCAGGGAGAUCUCCAACUUUGAGUACCUCAUGUUCCUCAACACCAUCGCAGGGAGGACCUACAACGAUCUGAACCAGUACCCCAUCUUCCCCUGGGUCCUGACCAACUACGACUCGGAGGAGCUGGACCUCACAUUGCCCGGAAACUUCCGAGACCUUUCCAAGCCAAUCGGAGCUCUGAAUCCCAAGCGAGCCGCCUUCUACGCCGAGCGCUACGAGACGUGGGACGACGACAGCACGCCGCCCGACCACUACACCACCCUCUACUCCACCGCGCACUCCACCCUCAUGUGGAUGCUCAGAAUAGAGCCCUUCACCACCUUCUUUCUCAACGCCAACGGCGGAAAGUUCGACCAUCCGGACCGGUCCUUCUCUGGCAUCGGGCGCUCAUGGAGGAACUGCCAGAGGGACACGGCCGACGUCAAGGAGCUCACCCCGGAGUUCUACUACCUGCCCGAGAUGUUCGUCAACAGCAACGAGUACGAGCUGGGCUGUGCGCGACGACGGCCUUCCUGUCUGCGACGUGGAGCUCCCCGUGUGGGCCAAGAAACCCGAGGACUUUGUGCGCAUCAACCGCAUGGCGCUGGAGAGCGAGUUCGUGUCGUGUCAGCUCCACCAGUGGAUCGACCUGAUCUUCGGCUACAAGCAGCGAGGGCCCGAGGCCGUGCGGGCGCUCAACGUCUUCAACUUCCUGUCCUACGAGGGCGCCGUCACCUGGACGCCCUGGAGGCGCCGCAGAGAGAGGCGAUGGAGGCGCAGAUUCAGACGUGCGGGCAGAUCCCCUCGCAGCUCCUCAUCGAGCCACACCCACCUCGCUCCUCCGCCAUGCACUGGGUCGGGGCCGCCAAAAAGUAUCUGUUCUCAGCUGUGGGCUGUACUCGGUUGUAG